AUUGAUGAAAUCUCUUCUUUAUAAUGUAAAACAAGCGUUUAGAGCCAGUAGCUUUACUUGUAUGAGUUGUUAUUGCAGCGUUGCAAGCUGAAAUGAUAGUUUAGCUCAGUUUAAACUCCUGCAUCAUAUUCUAGUUGACUUUUCCAUCGCUUUAAAUUAGUUCAUCGACUCGUUUUUAAAGGUUUUAGGGGUUGACUACCUAACAGUGAUUCCUAAACGUUAAACUGAACCGCUAGUGCCGCCGUUAGCCGUUUGCCGUUAUCCUGCCGUCCACAGAUUCCUGCCAUUAAACGCUGUGUGAUGAGCAGCAGGAGGGAGACACCUGUUUACCAAAGUUACUUAUUUACUUCGCAAUUGAACUACGGGCGUUUUUUUAAACUAGUUGUGUUCACGGAUUAUUGAUUUAGGGGAGAUUAUCUUAUAGUCAAGCUAAAGUUAAGUUUGUGUAACCUGUAGCAUCCGCAGUUAGCUAGCUGCUGUGCUACCUCCAGCCUGGUACAUCACAAGUCACUAGCAGUUUUUUUUGUUGUUUUUAUGUUUUCUACGGGACUCUACUUGAAUUACGAGUUAGUUUAUCUAACAUACUUAUAAUUUAUCUAAUGUUAAAUUCAUUAUCUGUCUGUUCAGAAUUGGGAAAAUCAGUUGAAGCCACACAUUUAAAAAUAAUCCAUAUAUAUUCCCUAUAUUCUAUUGAAUAAAGGUUCUAAGUAUUUCUCAUCUGUGGCCUUAGUUGUGGCUCACCAAGCUUAAUUACAUUAUUAAAGCAAUACAGUUAAGCCUUUAAUUAUUUACACCCAUCACAAAUUUUGAUUUAUAAUGAUUUUGUAUUUGACCAUCACAUUUUUCCUAGUUGGAAAUGACUCAAACAAGUGGCAAAAAAACAGUAAAACAUUGUGGUAGAGAUGUUAAAUAUAUUUAAACUAGUCUGUACAGUUUAAUAUAUUUAAACUGUACAUUUUUACUAAAAGUGCCAUGUGCAAUAUUAAUCAGCUAAAUAAUCAGUAUCAAAGCCUUUAUUUUUUACCACCUCAAUCAAUAGUUUUUCUGCAUGUCUCCACUGGAAUUUUGUUUCACUGAUCUUUGUGGCGAUCUCCAGCUUUUUUAUGUUUUUGUAUGUUUUGCAAAAAAUGCCAUGCUCAGAAUCAUUCAUAUCCUUUCUCAGAUAUGCAUCAUGACUCUUGUUGGCCACCACAUGAAUCAAGCACUUCAUGUCUAAACUAAUGGGCUUCAGAUGAGAUUUUGGACCACUCCUUUUUUUCUCCUUAUGCUGUGUUUUUGACAAACUUGCAUGCGGAGUCCCUAUUGGUCUGCAUCAGUGAAGAUUAGCCUUAUUGUAAUGCUAGCAGAACUGCUCACAUUUAUCAGGAUAUUCUUGGUGCUAAUCCUUCUAUCCUUGUUGAGGCCCCUGUAAGAUUUUUCACAGUGUUGAACUCCUUGUACUUUUUCAUUUUGCUCUCACUGCAGCUUCUGACACUUUCACAUGACUUUAUAGCCUUUAAACUUAUUGUGAGCGACCACAACAGACACUUGUUUCUUAGUGAUACAGACUUAUAACGAGCUUACUGAGCUCUUUGGUUUCAACUAUGAAUUGUAAUUGACUCAUAGUGGAUUAGAGAACUACUGCAUCAGCUGUUAGAACAGUAUAGCGGCUGCAUUUUCUCAGAUAUUUGUGACAAUUUCAAGAUGGAUGAACACUUUUGCACAUGACACUUUUAGUAACAAUUCAAAUAGUGAACUUUACCGUUCAUCUACAUAUCAGACACAAUCUCUCACCAUCUUUUUUUCCCACAUUUUUAUGCCAUUUCCAGCCAACAGAAACCUAUUGGUCAAAUAAAAAAAAGCAUAAAAAGUCCAAAUCUGGCAUGGGUAUAUUGAAAGAUUAUUAGCUAAUGUCUGCUUCUAUUAAUGGAAACACUGCUCAGUAUAUCUAUAUAUAACAAGCAAGCCUUGUAGAACACAGUAGCUUUAAACACAUUUGAACCUCACUAAUUCCAGGAUGGAGGUGUCAAGAAGAAGAGUCCUCCAAAAGCACCUGGAGCCGGCGAGACCUCUGCGCCGCUGCAUCCAUGCUGAGAUGGGUGACUACUCGGCUCUAGCUGAGUCCCAAAUAAACGCUGCUGCAUGUGCACAGAACCUGAUGAAUCAAGAGACCAACAUUGGCAUUGAGCAGUUUUACAAGAUCGUCAACCUCCACAAACAGAAAAAAGCUAGGAUAUCUUACACAAGGGAUUUUUUAAUCGCUCUGGCCAGUUGUCCUGAGGCUAAGAAGAAGCCAGAAUUCUUGCCAGAGCAUCCGAUAGUCCUAACCAAGGCAAGAGAUCCUGGGAACCUGAGGCUUCCUCAAAUGAGGUGGAAUGGUGAAAAAGAUGAAGUGUGAGCUUAAAGAGGGUGGCAGAAAGACUUGACUUCCCUUAAAGAAAUUUGCACAGAUCUUAUUGUGUACUGCUGAGAGUGUUUGUGUUUUCUUUUUCUUUUUUUGCUUUUCUUUCUCAAUUUAACUUUUUUUAAAUUUGCAUACAUUUGCCUGACGACCGUUGCUGUGAGAGUAUUGCAUUUCUGCUUGGUAAUUUUGUUAACAGUGAAAUAUUUCUCUUGUAUGAAAAAAUAUUAAUGGAUGCUUUUCAACUCUG